AUGUGCCGAAGGAACUACUCGAAUGUGCUUUCCGAUACGUCAAAUGAGGUUACAUCUCUAGAUGCGGAAUCAGCUGAUUUUCGUUUUCUCUUCAACUUGAUUGAUGGGCGAAGAAUCAGAUAUGCGAGUGAGAACAACACCGUCGUUCUCGAAGGUGCGAUGUUUGGUUCCGACCGCUUUACCUUAGGAAUGACAGAACCCGCUUUACAGAGUGCCGAAUUGAUGGCAGAGGAUAUCAUCAAUCACGCCAAUACCCACUAUCCAAUCCCUGGCCAUUCUUUCUCUCAGCUCCUCCAUUAUGAGGUUAGAGGCCAAAACAGAGAUGCCAUUGCCAGCGAACUCUACAGGGAGCUAUUGGUUGAGAAUGAUUUGGCGCGCCAGCUGGUCCAAUUUGACGUGUUGGAGAGCGAAGACGUCGUUGGACAUAUUGUUUUCCGAAGACCGGUCCGAGAACAUCUUGAGGUAGUUGAGGUAUACCCUCAUACACCGGAAGUAAUUCCUCACCUGCCUUCCAUGAAAAUGCUGCAGCUGCUGGUGGGGGAAACCAUUAUAGAGCCAGUUGCGAGAUAUGGCAUGAAUGGCAUCCGCGCCGACGAGCUUUUUAUCCGUGACGACUAUUUCCCCAGACGACAUGAUGCAGUACGAGCUUUCAUUCGACUUAUCAACCACCGUAUAGAGUUUAGACAUCUCAAUUACAUCAGUGCCCUUCGAAAUGUUAUAACUGGUAAUCCGUUCUCGGGUACAAUUCUCUUCAUCAUCGGAACGACAGAUUCGCCACCCCCAUACUGGUACCCACCCGAGGAUGAUAACCUUGGUGGUGGUUCAACCCCCGAGCACUCUUCCAUAUCAUCAACAAGUGAGGGUGAAUGGGAUAAUGGCCCAACAGGUAUACUCCCGCCCGUAACAUCUCGACGUCGCUCUCAACGUCCCUCCCGACGUCCACCAGCUGCACCAGCAAGAUCCCUAAGCCUUUCCACUGCAGGUGCCACGAACGAAUCUUCUCGACCGAUGAUUCGUCAAUCACUCAUCCAUCGAUUGAGACGGAGGUUGCGAGCUAAUAGGAGGGCACGUAGUAGUCGUCGGCUUGAGGGAGCAUCACAGAAUGAUACGGAGGCACCUCAAAAUGUGACUCGAAGGAGUUUUGGUUACCGGUAUAACUCGAGGAGGUUUAGUCGAUUUGGUUCGCGCCAGUAAGAGAAAACGGCAGGUUAAAAGACCAGGUAAGUCAUUCGCUUUUCAUUUUCGUCCCCUUUAGAUUCCUUUUCCUACACAAUAUAAAGCCCAUAUCCCAAACCCACUGAUAAAAAUUAA